AUGAAGUAUUUAUUGCUAGCUGUACUUUGUAGCCUGGGGCUACAUGGAGUGUUUUCGGGGAGUUGUGCCCCGGGGGCUGUCGACUACAUUGAAGUCGGCCAAUGUCUGCUCGUCUUUAAAGUUGCUGCUCCGUUUGCCGUUGCCUCAAAGACGUGCGGUGCUCUUUCCGGAAAGCUGGCCCAGCCGAUCAGUCGGGUCGAGAAUUUGUUGACGUCCAUUGCGGCCAGGAGAACCGUCAACGCCACCACUCGUGUUCACAUUGGCAUCAAACGGGCCGAUGGGCGUGUCGAUCGGAUAUAUGCCGAUGGUACCCCGCUACAGUACUACAAUUUUUACUCCGAAUCCGAUUGGGCAUCGGCCGAUGCGUGCACGACACUUGACCCAAGUACCCAACAGUGGUAUUCCACCCCCUGCGAUGCCCUUCAUCCAUUCGCAUGCCAGUACUCGAAUCUGGAUAAUACGCUCAUGUGCCCGGAUGGGUGGAAGUACUACGAGCUAACUUCUUCAUGUUAUUACAUCCAAAAUGUCAUCUCCUCCACCAAAGCCCUCCACUUGAAUCAAACGGCGGCUGCCGCGCAAUGUGCUAAACUCGGAGGGCAAUUGGCUUCGAUCCACACCGACGCCGAGAAUACAUUCGUCAAAAACUUCAUCCAAACCUCGGACCCGGAUGUAAAUUGCCAAGACUGGCAGGCGUUAAUUGGAGCGUCGUGUAAGAACAAUCAGACGACGUGGAGUGACGGGACCCCAUUCGACUUCGAUCUGACAAAUGGGCAAUGUACCGACGCGUACACGAUGAUCAACGACUACCACUGCUCCGUCGAUCAACGCCAGAAUUGGCAGAGCUGGUAUGCGCAGAACGAAUUCUCGCGUUUCAUCUGCAAGCGAGCGGCGCUGCAUCUGCCGGAAGUCGGCGAGCGGAUCGCCAUGGAGUUUAUGAAACAGCAU